CUCAAAGACCCCAAACAAUUGAAUCCCCCCAACAGAAUCUGCCAUUCCAAUUCUCUGUGCGUAAUCUACUCCCUCCCUCCUCCAGAAAACCACCCUAACAGCUGCUAGAGAAAAAAAAUGGCGGGCCCACAAGACGCGUACGUUCACCCCUCCCCCAUCUCGAGCCCAAAAGAAGCUCACAAGUCACAGCAGCAAAAUCUACGGCUUUGUCUCGCCGGAGUCGAUACCAAAAGCGAGACCGUUAUACCGAUUCGCCGCUACGGGAUUGAGUGCUAGCAUGUGGUUCUGGGUAUGUUUUCUCGCCAGCUAGUCUGGUUUGGUCUGGUUUGGUGAUUGGAAUUGAGGGCCUAUACUGAUAAGACCAGGUUAUGUACAAAGCGAAGAAAGAUGGUGCGGAAUCUUCUGACAGGCGUCGAGUCGAGCGUGUCUAA